ACUUUUUUUUAAAACUCCAUGUCUGCAUGACUGUAUUCAAAACUGGGGACAUUUUUAAAAAUGAACUCACCAACUUGAUACAGUCCAUCCAUAGGACUGUAUUUCCUACCAUCAUUCCUGACUCACAGGGUUGUAUACAGAAAGCAUGUUUCUUUCCAAGUCUAACUUUACAAUGAUCGAUCAUCACUUUAAAAGGACCAUCGCUUUACAAAACAACAUAGGCAUUUCUGCCUCAAUCUUUAGUACUGGUGCGCACUGGGAUCUUUUUAGUAGGAAUGUUAUAUUUGGGUGUCUGAACUUUGAAUUUAAUUUAUUGUGUGGGGGGGAGACUAAUCAAUCAGUGAUGUACAGUUUCUCUGGUUCAUCUUUUUGGAGUACUAAUAUAUAAUAUAUGUAUAUAUAUCACACUAAGUGUGGUACAAAUUCCUUACCAUUAAGAACUUCCCAUGGCAGACUGACCAGGUGAAAGCUAUGAUACCUUAUGUCACUUGUUAAAUACACUUCAUUCAGUGUAGAUGAAGGGGAGGAGACGGGUUAAAGAAGGAUUUUUAAGCCUUGAGACAUGGAUUGUGUAUGUGUGCCAUUCAGAGGGUGAAUGGGCAAGACAAAACAUUUCAAGUACCUUUUAGAAUGGGCUCUGCUAGUAGGUGCCAGGCCUACUGGUUUGUGUCAACUGCAACGUUUCUGGGGUUUUCAAGCUCAACGGUUUCCCGUGUGUAUAAAGAAUGGUUCAGCACCCAGAGGACAUCCAGUCAACUUAACACAGCUGUGGGAAGCGUUGGAGUCAACAUUGUCCACCCUCCCUGUGGAACGCUUUUGACACCUUGUAGAGUGCAGGGGGUGCAGCCUUCUAUGUAGUUGUAAUGCACAAGAUGUAUUGCGUGGAAGCUGCAGUAUGGUUGUGUUAGCCUGGUCCCAGAUCUGUUUGUGGUGUCUUGCCAGCUCUUAUGAAACCAGGUUAUGGUGGUGUGUCCUUAACGUUGUUCCUCUCAUACCAGUCCCUUAUACUCAUCACCUCAUCCUUCAGAUCAUUUCCUCUCAUACCAGUCCCUUAUACUCAUCACCUCAUCCUUCAGAUCAUUUCCUCUCAUACCAGUCCCUUAUACUCAUCACCUCAUCCUUCAGAUCAUUUCCUCUCAUACCAGUCCCUUAUACUCAUCAUCUCAUCCUUCAGAUCAUUUCCUCUCAUACCAGUCCCUUAUACUCAUCACCUCAUCCUUCAGAUCAUUUCCUCUCAUACCAGUCCCUUAUACUCAUCACCUCAUCCUUCAGAUCAUUUCCUCUCAUACCAGUCCCUUAUACUCAUCACCUCAUCCUUCAGAUCAUUUCCUCUCAUACCAGUCCCUUAUACUCAUCACCUCAUCCUUCAGAUCAUUUCCUCUCAUACCAGUCCCUUAUACUCAUCACCUCAUCCUUCAGAUCAUUUCCUCUCAUACCAGUCCCUUAUACUCAUCACCUCAUCCUUCAGAUCAUUUCCUCUCAUACCAGUCCCUUAUACUCAUCACCUCAUCCUUCAGAUCAUUUCCUCUCAUACCAGUCCCUUAUACUCAUCACCUCGUCCUUCAGAUCAUUUCCUCUCAUACCAGUCCCUUAUACUCAUCACCUCAUCCUUCAGAUCAUUUCCUCUCAUACCAGUCCCUUAUACUCAUCACCUCAUCCUUCAGAUCAUUUCCUCUCAUACCAGUCCCUUAUACCCAUCACCUCGUCCUUCAGAUCAUUUCCUCUCAUACCAGUCCCUUAUACUCAUCACCUCAUCCUUCAGAUCAUUUCCUCUCAUACCAGUCCCUUAUACUCAUCACCUCAUCCUUCAGAUCAUUUCCUCUCAUACCAGUCCCUUAUACUCAUCACCUCAUCCUUCAGAUCAUUUCCUCUCAUACCAGUCCCUUAUACUCAUCACCUCAUCCUUCAGAUCAUUUCCUCUCAUACCAGUCCCUUAUACUCAUCACCUCGUCCUUCAGAUCAUUUCCUCUCAUACCAGUCCCUUAUACUCAUCACCUCAUCCUUCAGAUCAUUUCCUCUCAUACCAGUCCCUUAUACUCAUCACCUCAUCCUUCAGAUCAUUUCCUCUCAUACCAGUCCCUUAUACUCAUCACCUCAUCCUUCAGAUCAUUUCACUGAAGUGUUCUCAUUCCAUUCUUUCAUUGCAUUCCUAUUCCGUUUGCUCAAGUUGUCCAUGUUACAGUCUUGCCAUUCAAUCCUAUACAGCUGGUUGUGGUCAAUAUGUUGUGGCUUAUUGUAUCUAUCUACAGUAUAUGGUCCAUUGAUGGUCAAGUUCUAGUCACUCCUAGUAGAGGUUCUGUAAUGGUCCUGUUGAUGUGUACAUGUUGAGUCAUUAUUCCAGUUUGAGUCUUACUGUCAGUCUGCUUUGUUCCGUUUGAAUUAGUUAGAUUUUAUGAUGGAGAAAUGUACAGUGCACCAAAUGACAGACAAGCUUUAUAAUGCAAAGAGA